CUCGAACAAGCACUUACUUUCUACGCAUACGAAUUACGAUCUAAUAAAUUCCAAGCGAAACACAAUGGCAUCCACUCAGACCUCCCUAUCGCCGGUCGAUAUCGCCCGCACUGCUGCCCUCGCUUCUAGAACUCUCAAGGCCGUCUCCGGUGGCGAUCGCAAUGCCGCUCUCACGGCCGUCCACGAUGCCCUCGAAAAGUCGAAGAGUGUGAUCCUCGAAGCGAACCAGAAGGACAUGGAAGCGGCACAGAAGCUGGUCGAAGCUGGCAAGAUGCGCGAGUCGCUGGCAAAGCGUCUGUUCCUGAGCCAGAGCAAGUGGGAGGGCAUGCUCGAGGGAAUUCUGGAGGUCCGGGACUUGGAGGAUCCUGUCGGAAAGGUCACGCUGGCGACCAGGCUCGACGACGGGUUGGAUCUUUACCGCCUUACCUGCCCGAUCGGGGUGCUGCUAGUCAUCUUUGAGGCACGACCGGAGGUCAUCGCAAAUAUCACAGCACUGGCAUUGAAGUCGGGAAAUGCCGUGAUCUUGAAGGGUGGAAGGGAGAGCACCAAUUCGUUCGCCGCAAUUGCCCGUGUGGUUUCCGAGGCCCUUGCGACGACCACCAUCCCUCCAGGAGCCGUUCAGCUCGUCGAGACCCGUGAGGACGUCAGUGCCUUGCUGGACCAGGACCAGUACAUCGACCUUGUCAUCCCGAGAGGCGGUAACGAGCUUGUUCGACACAUCAAGGAGAACACCAAGAUUCCGGUUAUGGGCCAUGCGGAUGGGCUCUGCGCAAUUUAUGUGCACCACGAUGCAGACGAAUCGAAGGCCGUCAAGGUGGUACUCGACUCUAAGACGGAUUACCCUGCCGCCUGCAACGCUGUUGAAACUCUGCUGGUCCACGAGUCAACUGCCGCCACCGUACUGCCCAAGAUCGCAUCGGCGCUCCUUGAGGCGGGUGUUUCUCUCCGCUGCGACUCUCUUUCGAAGGCCGCCCUCCAGAGUUCCACUCUUGAUGCAGCUAAGAAAGUGAUCCUUCAGGAUUCCACGGAGGAGGAUUACAACACUGAAUUCCUAGAGCUCACACUGGCGGUUAAGGUCGUUUCUGGACUGGACGAGGCUGUCCUGCACAUCAAUGCGUACAGCUCCGGCCACACCGACGCCAUCUUGACAGAAUCGAAGGAGGAUGCAGAGAGCUUCAUGAACAGAGUCGAUUCCGCAGGAGUGUACUGGAACGCUAGCACUCGGUUCGCCGAUGGUUUCAGAUACGGCUUCGGGACGGAAGUCGGCAUCUCGACCAACAAGAUCCAUGCCCGAGGACCCGUAGGACUGGAAGGCCUCACUAUCCACAAGUAUCAGUUGCGUGGACACGGACAAGCGGCCUCUGACUACGGGGCUGGCAAGAAGUCGUAUCUGCACCAGACGAUUGAGAACGUGGAAAUCUAGGCAUUUGUUUCUUUUUUCAUACAAAAAAAAGAGAUACCAUUCGUGUAAGAAAUAAAAGUUUUUGUUUGCUGUUUGCUGUUUGCCGUUCUCGCUUUUAGCAGGCAAGUACAUAAAAGUACAUCUUGUAGCUAUGAUACUUUAGUCAGGCACAGACGGAAC